AUGAUAGCCCUUUUUUCUGUCUUCCUGCUCUCCGUGCUGCUUCUCUUGCAGGAGCAGGGAGUGAAUGGGGUCCCUCCACAGCUGAGAGGUGUCCAGUGUAGGACAAGACCCACAGACCUUGUCUUCAUUGUUGACAGUUCCCGGAGUGUACGACCCAAUGAAUUUGAAAAAAUCAAAGUUUUCCUGUCCCAAGUCACUGAGUCGCUUGAUGUGGGGCCCAAUGCUACGCGGGUUGGUGUCAUCAACUAUGCCAGCACAGUCAAGAAUGAGGUAUCCCUCAAGACUCACCGUACAAAGGCCAGUCUGCUUCAAGCUGUUCGGAAGAUUGAGCCCCUCUCCACUGGGACCAUGACAGGCCUGGCAAUCCAGUUUGCAAUCAACCGAGCAUUCAGUGAGCAAGAAGGAGCCAGAGUACACGCCCCUGAAAUCAACAAGGUGGCCAUCAUAGUGACGGAUGGGCGGCCCCAGGAUAUGGUGAAAGACGUAGCGGCGAGGGCAAGAGCGCUCGGGAUCGAAAUGUUCGCGAUUGGUGUGGGCCGCGUGGACAUGCACACCUUGCGGCAGAUCGCCAGUGAGCCUCUGGAGGAACACGUGGACUAUGUGGAGAGCUAUAGCGUCAUCGAGAAGCUGAGCUCGAAAUUUCAGGAAGCAUUCUGUGCGGUGUCUGACCUCUGUGCCACGGGAGACCACGACUGCCAGCAAAUCUGUGUCAGUGCAGGGACUUCAUAUACCUGUGCUUGCAAAGAGGGAUUCAUACUGAACAGUGAUGGGAAAACUUGCAGCGCCUGCAGUGGAGGGGCUGCCACAGAUCUUAUUUUCCUGAUUGAUGGGUCCAAGAGUGUCAGGCCUGAAAAUUUUGAGUUGGUGAAGAGAUUCAUCAACCAGAUUGUGGAUUCCCUGGAUGUGUCAGACAAAAACGCACAAGUGGGCCUUGUCCAGUAUUCCAGUACAGUAAGGCAAGAAUUCCCACUGGGGCGAUUCAAGAACAAGAAAGACAUCAAAGCAGCAGUGAGGAAGAUGACCUACAUGGAGAAAGGCACCAUGACUGGCCAAGCUUUGAAAUAUCUAGUGGACAAUUCCUUUGCCAUCUCCAGUGGAGCAAGACCCGGAGUUCCCAAGGUAGCUAUUGUGUUUACUGAUGGCCGGUCACAGGAUUACAUCAAUGAUGCUGCCAAGAAAGCCAAAGAAUUGGGUUACAAGAUGUUUGCCAUUGGAGUGGGCAAUGCUGUUGAAGAUGAACUGAAAGAAAUAGCCUCUGAACCGGUGGUGGAGCACUACUUCUACUCUGCUGAUUUCCGAACCAUCAACCAAAUUGGGAAGAAGUUACAAAGUAAAAUGUGUGUUGAAGAAGAUCCAUGUGAAUGUGAAGCCAUCGUGAAGUUCCAGACAAAAGUAGAUAACCUCCUAAAGGCAUUGACACGGAAGCUGGAAGCUGUGACAAAAAGGUUGACCGCCUUAGAAAAUAGGAUCACCAUUUAA